ACUCACAAGGACUUGGCUCUCCAUUUGAAGACUUCACAUCUUCAGUUCUCAGAGUUAACAACCUCUACCGCUGCAACAUGAUGAUGAGAAAGGCAUACUCAGUCACCAGCUCCAAUGGCAGCACCAGCAGGUCCUUUGCUGGACAAGGAAGCAGCUAUUCUGUGAAAAGAGCCAGCCAUGGGAUAGGUCCCAGUGUUGGUUUUAGUGGAUCCUCUAUUGGUGGAAGCUCUGCUGCUUACAAUUUUUCUUCUAGCCAAACAGCAGGCUGUUACAUUGCUCCACCAAUUACAGCUGUUCAGGUAAACAAGAGCCUGCUGACCCCUCUCAGCUUGGAGAUUGAUCCCACCAUCCAGGUUGUCCGCACCCAGGAGAAGGACCAGAUCAAGUCCCUCAACAACCGCUUUGCAUCCUUCAUCGACAAGGUCCGUUUCCUGGAGCAGCAGAACAAGAUGCUGGAGACCAAAUGGAGCCUCCUGCAGGACCAGACCACCAGCCGAUCCAACAUUGAUGGUAUGUUCGAGGCCUACAUUGCCAACAUGCGCAGACAGCUCGACGGGCUCGUCAAUGAGAAGGUCAAGCUGGAGAGAGAGCAGAAUAACAUGCAAUCCCUGGUUGAGGACUUCAAGAGGAAGUAUGAAAAUGAAAUCAACAAACGUGCAUCUGCUGAGAAUGAGUUUGUUCUCCUGAAGAAGGAUGUUGAUGCCGCCUACAUGGACAAGGUGACGCUGGAAGCCAGGCUUGAUGCUCUUCAGGACGAGAUCAACUUCCUCAGGGCCGUCUAUGAGACUGAACUCCGUGAGCUGCAGGGCCAGAUCAAGGACACCUCUGUCAUUGUGGAGAUGGACAACAGCCGUAACCUGGACAUGGAUUCUAUUGUAGCUGAAGUGCGUGCACAGUAUGAGGACAUCGCCAACAAAAGCAAGGCUGAGGCAGAGUCCUGGUACAAACAGAAGUACGAGGAGAUGCAGAGCUCUGCUGGACAGUAUGGUGAUGACCUGCGUACAACCAAGACCGAGAUUGCCGAGAUGAACCGCAUGAUCGCCCGCCUUCAGAAUGAGAUUGAGGCCGUCAAGGGACAGAGAGCCAAUCUUGAGCUCCAGAUCUCAGAGGCUGAGGAGCGUGGUGAGCUUGCAGUAAGAGAUGCCAAGCUCCGCAUCAAGGACCUGGAGGAUGCUCUGCAGAGAGCCAAGCAGGACAUGGCCCGCCAGGUGCGAGAAUACCAGGAACUGAUGAACGUCAAGCUGGCUCUGGACAUCGAAAUCGCCACCUACAGGAAACUGCUGGAAGGAGAGGAAGACAGGUUGGCCAGUGGAGGAGCCAACGCAACCAUCCAUGUCCAGCAGACAUCUGGAGGAUUCUCAAGCUCCAGCUCCAGUGGUGGAUUUGGCUUUGGUGGUUAUGGUGGAAAUACUGGUUCUGUCACCAAGUCCUCAGCCUCCUCAACCAGUUCCAGGAGAGUCUAUUAAAAAGCAGAGCGACUCGUCUCUGUGCCCUCUUAUGGUCCUAUGCCAAAACCGUGACUCCAAAUCAACCUUAACCACAUAGUAAGAGUAAGAGGUUAUUUUAAGUUAAACAAGACCUGAAACACACAAGAAUAAGAAAAAGAAAAAGAAAGGUUUUGAUAGUGUUCAAACUAAAUAAGGACAACAUUUCAAAACCCACACUCAUGUUAACAUGGAUACUUUAUUUCCUGUCUGGUAGUGAUAAACUAGUCAGAAAUAAAAUAAUUUCCCUGAGACAAGAAGUUGUUUUGAGUUGAUGUGUUCAGUCCUACAUCUGAGUGUGAUGUUAGUAAGAGGAACUGGUAACAAUUAUGUGACUUUGCAUGUUUAGCAGUUUAACUUUAAACUGACUGGCUAGUUGCUCGUUUUUAUUCCAGUCCUGUUUCCCUGAUUUGUUUGACCUUUCUUUGCCUUCCAAGUAAGCCAUGUGAAACCAGGUUUACGUUGUUCAUUAACUGUUGUUACUGUAGAUCUUUUUGACAGCAAAUGUAAAAAUAACCUGAAUAAAAUAUACCUGAGAACUGAAA